UUUUUAUUCAAGGAUACAUUCCGACAAUAUGGAAGGCAUCGCAUUGACUUUGGAACUCAUUGGCGCCUACAAUAAUUUUUUAGCUACUUCAGGAAAAACAACCUUUGCAAAAAUCAACACUAAGAAAUUGACUUUUCUCACCAACUCAACUAUUUUUAUUGAAGAGAUUAUGAAUCGAGUUUCUUACCAUUAUCAAAUUGAUCAGCAAAUAAAAGGGAAACUGAAAUGUAUAGACGCAUUGUGGGAUCAGCUGAAAUUUUUCCAGCGAUGUCUGCAAUCGAAAAAUGAACAAGACUCAGUCGAUGGUCUAGUCAUGCUAAUUGAUGCUACUUAUGAGGAAUUGAUAACUGAAGGGUCUGGUUUGGAAGAGCUUCGCAAAAUCAAAUACAAUGCUGCCAGCAAACUGAAUUGUCCAAUAACAUUGAUACGGUUUCUUAUAAGUCAUGUAAACGCUAAAGAAAAAAUGCGCUCCACCCUAUUAGCUGCGUUUGCAAAUCCUAUUGAAGACUGGAGCAAAAUGAGUUGGGAGGAAACGUCAGCACCUUCGUUUAAGCGACUGUAUAAAUUAAGUCUACUUGAGCGGGGUACACCUUCUAGUCAGGAGAACAUCAACGGCCCUUUUCAAUAUGACCUUUUUGAAAAACACAUGAGAUCGAUUAUAGAAUAUAUUUAUCAUAUUACGAUGAAUUAGUUAAAGCUUUUUUCGUAGAAUUUGGAUAUAAUUUUCACCAAAAAACUGUGCAAAACAUACAUUUAUGACACAUCGGUAAAAAUCACAAUUAAAAUACAAAGGCGGAGGAACUACAGAGUGCUGUAUAAGUAUGUAAUUCUGCGUUUCAAUUAAGUGAGUAUGUCUUCUUCUUCUUCAGCCUUUGUCCCACUCAGCAGUCGGGUCGGCUCGUCUUGAUCGGCUGCGUAAUUUUGUUCCGUCAGUGGCAUGAUCUGGAAGCAGUUGCGAGUAUGUAGUAAAAGUAUAUAAGCUGUUUAUCCUUCUGGUUGGAAAUGUAAAGAAAAUAAUAACUGGCGGGAGUUUCACUGUAAAACAGGAAUGUUUAUUAUUUACACAUAAUACUGCUUUAAAUGUUUCCCUGUAAAACAGGAAAUGACAUUGAAAUCUAUAAUAUUAUGCCACCAUAACUUAGUUACGAGAGCAACAAUUUACUAUUAUUAUUAUUCACAAUAAACGCAAAUGAUA